GCCCGUGAUCAUUUUUUUGUCAAUGAAUAAAAAGAAAGAGAGAGAGAGAAAGAGAGACACACAGGACACAGGUUGCCCCAUCUGUUGUUUCUAGGUCGUCGUGACGGACGCGGACCAUGGGCAAAAACCAAGCAAAAAGGCAAUGGCGGCUACCCGUUGGACGGCCAGCGAGCUCGGCUACGUGAAAAAUCUCAGAAAGAUGUGAUCUUUCGCGUCGCGAUCGACGGGCGUAAAUUCGAGGUGUAUGGCCUGAGGGCAGGGGAGCAUUGUUACCUGCAAAGGUAGAAAUGGCACACGGUGUGUACAGAGGAUGGCUGAUAAACGAAUGGACUUGUUAUCGAAUCGAUUAGGCAACGAAUGGUGGUCAUUGGCAAGUCAAACAGAAAGAUACGACAGCAGGCAGGAAGGAGUAAAUGAGCGAGCGCACCUAAGUAAUGAGCGAGACUCGGCAUUAUCCUAUUCGCUCGGUCUCGGACUUAUACGCAGCCGAGGAAAUAGAGGUGCUUCUUCUAGAAGAGAUACGCGAUCUGGAACCACCACCUGCCAUAUAUUCUAAACCCGAAGACAUUCAAGACUUCGAGAUUGGCAGUAGGACAGGGGGGCGAAUCAGCUCCCAAUCGUCAGAGCUGGAUUCGCCAGGGGUGCAUUCGACAGUCCAUUCUUGGGAUUCGCAUGCUAAUUAUCAUGGUCACUAUGGUAAUAGUGAUCAUAGACCUGGCUCAUCGAACGCCAUGCCUUGGUCUCGCGCAAGCCACGUCGUUAUUUACUGCGACAUACAAGGACAUCUUAAAACGCCUACGGGUGUUGUUAGACUUUUAUUACUUAUAUCCUCUGCAGCUUGUUUGGCAACUUUAUGCAGUUCUGGCACUGCCAAGGUCAGCAUUUUUAUGCUGCCUUUAGCAGAUCGUUUACGAUUCAUGAUCUUUGUAGCUGUUUUCUGUUUCUUGGUCACUGCAGCCCUUCUCUUCCUUGAUAUUUCGCAUGUCAUUUACAUCCUUCCUUUAAAUUGGGCUAAGCUGAAUGCUAUAGUAUUCACUGGCAUAGGCUUGUCAUAUGCUGCGAGUAGCGCAUUAAUAGCAUGUACAAUAUGGGAAUACCACAGUGGAGGUUGGGUACCAAAACGCACACGUUCUCAACUGACUGCUGCGGCAGUAGUGGGACUUUUCUGUGCUCUCUUAGCGUUUUUACUGUCCUGGAUACAUUGUCGUAAUGGAUCAAGUUGUAAAGGUCAAGAUUCUCGUAGUCAUACCCCGACGCAACUUUACAAACCCGUUGACAAUUCUUCUUCCUCUGGGGUAACUUUGAAGGAACGUAGUCCUAAGAGACCGGCUUCGUGGGCCGUGAAAAAUCAGCAAUCGAAGAAACGCAACGCGGACAGUGACACGAACACUAGUAACGGUGGCCAUCGCGGUAGCAAUCACGAGAAAUUUAAACAAGGCGCCAAUAGAAAGGACCACUGGGCUACAGCCAAGCAACAUAUUUUAGAAACACACGCGAAUAACGAAGAUACUCAACGGGAGGAUACUGAGAUUGAGAGGAGACGGAGAAGACGAAGAAAAGAGGGUGACAGUAGUUCAACUGGUGACGGAAACGCGCCAGGUAGUAGUAAAGUCGAUGCCAGCCGUGUUACUGCUGAAGAAGCCAAGACUAGGCGAGUGCCGCGAAAGUUACCUCUACAGUCUGCAGUGGAGCAAUCUCAGUCGUGGUCCGACGCCGAACGUAGGAAUAGUGGUACUACGCAAAUUAAAAGUAAAGCUAGGCGAACGCCAGUGAACAAUGACGCACAGAAUUGUUGUGAAAUGAACGAGGCUAGAUCGAUUAAUCGAGUGACUCGAAAUGGCCUCCGAAACUGGGAGGCGGAUUGUACGUCUAGCAACGGUAUAGAAGAAACUACUGAUACGAAUGUGGUUCGUAACGCCAUGUGGCCCGGACAGUGGCGUCCACCACCAGAUGAUGUUCAACCUUGUUCUAGCAAAACUAUCGAUCCUUACAGCUUUGCCUGAACCUGAACGUUUUGUGAAAUACGAAGCACACACACUUUAGGUAAAAAAUAAACUUGUUCCACCGAGCAGUUUCUGUGAACAGUUUGUGACAUAACGAAAUUUUUUACAAACUAAGUACAUCUAUAUACUUCACGUUGAACAUUUUUCUUUUAUUAAAUUGCAACAGUAAUUGGUACCUAUUAUCUAAUUGAAAUUUUAUAUCUCUUGUUUGCAUACGGUCGUCUGAUUUUAACACAUUCGGUAUUCUGUUCGGUAUUAAAUAAUGCAUAGUGACUAAAAUAAUAACUAUAUUUUGGUUUUAUAUGUUGUAUCUGUGUUUUCAACUGUGUUUGAAGUCUGAUGUGAUUUGAGAUGUUAACGUAAAAUAUAUAGAUUACUAUAUUUCGUAUAUAUGUAACAGGUGAAAUAGAUCGUAGCCCGGACUCAUCAAGUUCGUCGCUAUCGAAUUUUGCAGGACAAAAUUGUGUCCAAAGAUUUAAAAUCUUGUAUAAAAUUAUUGCUGCCUUGUACAUUUUGCUGCCAAGAGAAUAGGUUCUCUUUAGUUGUUCGGGUCCUGACGUUUUGCAUCACACAAAACCAGACUGCCCAACUUUGAUAAGCAAAUAAUGCCACUUCAUUCCAAUCGUGUACCAAAUAAUAAAUCUAAAGUAAGUUUUAAUGGGAUUUUGUAAGUAUAAGACCACUAUAUAGCACGUAACACUAAUAUAUAUUUGACUAAUUAUUUCUAUCAUAUUUUGAUGCCAACAUAUUUUGAGCUCCAUGCAUACUUGAAAAAGCAUUUAGUACAUGCAAGGAGAAAUCGCCUAUAGUUUAAGAUGAAAGUGUAUAUAUUAAACCUUGAAAGGAUUAUAUACGUACAUAUAGUAAAAUGCAGCUAGACCGAUCUUUCUAUCAAUCCUACAUACAAAGAACGGCAGUUGUAAUUGCAAAUCGCGACUGUAAUUUGUCUAUUUUUAAAUUUAUCUGCAAUUGCCAAUUUUUGAAACACAAGUAUAAGAUUUUUUUAAUUAAAUUGAUAAUAUAAUUAAACAUAUUGGUUUUAUUUAAAAAUACUUAAAAAACUAUGUUAUGAUUAGCAGGGGAAAAUUUAAGUUGAAGUUAUAAAUACUUGAAAACGAUGCUUUUAAUAAAACUUUUAAUAAAUAAUAAAAGAUUGUAGGUACGCAAAAUUAGAAUAACUUUCUACAUUCCUCAAUUAGAUUUUAUUUUAUUUCAAGUUUUAAUUAAGCUAUGAUCGAAAGCUUGUUAAUAACCAGCAACAUAAUAUUAAAAUCAUAUUUUAUUUUGCAAUGACAAUACCUUUAAACGUAUACUUCACACAAUGGCCUUAUAGAAUUUUAAAUUUUUAUUAAAGCACGUUUUGAGGAAAAUGCUAAAAGUAAUUCCAUAUAGGGAGAAUUUUUUAUUGACUCAUAAUAAAAUUAUAAGACUUAAUCAGUAUUCUUUGCAUUGGAAGAUCGGUUUGGCAUUAGUUCCCGUAUGAACAGAAUAGUAUGCGUGGAACAAUUAUUCAUUGUAUUAUUCCAAUUAGCUCACACUCUGAAAUGUGCUCAUUAUAUUACAACAGUAUCAUUCUUGCACAAGGACGGAUUUACUAAUCACUUAAAUCACACAAGUUUUCUUUGAAUUAUAAUAUACCCAAAUUAAAUAAUACUAAUUUCAAGAAAUAUAAUGUUGAUAAUUGAUUAUUUUCUAUCAAGUCUUAAUUAAAUUUUUCACAUACAUCAAUAUAGAAACUAAUAGGUUUUUGCUGAUUGAGUUAAGUAUUAAAAGAGAAUAAUCCGUCCCUGUUCCUGUACGCAUCAUUUACAAGUAUCUUACGUAGUUUUAAAAUUAGACGAACAGUAUUAUUUUAUUGUGUUAAUUAUAUUAAUCUUUUACUUUAACGAGAAAGUCUAGUCAACUCUAGUCAAGCACUUUUUUGUACAAUUAUAUCUUCUUAAUAAUCCAUCAAAUUUAAGAGCAAAGUAUUUUUUAGUACAUACAUAUCGUGUUAGAAGUACAAUUCAUCUUAGAAGAAAACUGUUGAGCGCUUGUUUCCUGAUUGAUAAUUCCAUUGAAUUUCUUAAUAUAUAAUAGCAUCACAUAGUCUUCAGAAUUCCUCUGAUAUCUCGUUUCUUCUUCGUUUAAUGUAUCACGACCAUUAUACGAUCGAAUAAAUAUAAACAUGUUAGCUAAUCUUGAGUAAGACAACUAUUUUGUCUGGCAACAGCUAUUUUGUCUUUUGAUACGAUGCCGCGAGUAUAAACACAAAAUAAAAUACACAUUUAUCGAACUUUAAUGCGUCGACCUUAAAUCAAUUAAUAGUGUAAGAGAAAUGCGUGUUCAUAUAGAUUCAUAAAGAGAAAAUAGCAUAUAAUACAGCAGCUUCGUUGUGGCAAAUAUCGAUGGUGUUAUAACUCGUUUUGUUGGAUAUAAGAAAUAAUGUGUAACUCUUCUGUAUAUGAUUCAUUCUUGGUAUGCUGAGAAUUGAAAGAGUGAUUAUCGCGAAAUAAAUAAUGCUAUGUUAAGAGUAACUGAUCGAAUAAAAUGUCACUUGGCGUAAUAAGGCAAUUAGCCUUGAACUAAAUCAAAGUGUACAAACACUGCCAGAGGAAAUAUAAUGCUCUUUGAAUGUAAUGUAACACCGAUUCUCUUAAUGACUUUACAUCCAAGGCUUGUAAUUUUAUGAUCUGUAAGUCGAAUAUGCGCACAUAGCUUCAUAUCAUUUUAUUUCACAUUCCAUAUUGUUAUUUGUAAUAAUAAUAGAUUUUUAAAUGUUAUAAUUCUCAAAUUUUUUAGGAAGAAUUAAAAAAUAUGAUUUGUCAAAUAAUAUUAUGAGAUAAGGAACAGCUAAUGGAUUAAAGUCAUUAUUAUUAUUACAAUAAAGAUUAAACUAUCACUUGACUACUUCGAUAUUCGCGACUAUCAUUUGCUUCAACGAAGUUAAUAUAAUAAAUAGCAGUAUGUUUGUGAUACAUGAAAAGCACUGUUUCCUUAGAAUUUGUAUGACUAAAUUAUCAUUCAGGCAAUAAAUUUCGAUUACGAUUAAUAGACGCAGAUUUCUUUAUAUGUUAAACUCGAUUGACAAUGAUCUGUAGUGAUAGCAUGACAAUCCAAAUCUAUAUAUGACCUGAGUCCUUUAAAAAUCGGGCGAACUAAAAGGAAUUGAUAGGAAAAAUCAUUGUAGUUAAAACAAGUAUGUUAAUGAACAUUUUAUUAAUUAAAAAAAUGUAUUUAUAUUAUCGAUAUCGAAAAUUAGAAAUUUAAUUUCACAUAAUAAAUUCCUGUCAAUUCGUUUUAAUUCUUCUAACUGAAUAAUUUAACUGGCCUAAUUCCUUAUUCGCUAAAUGAUAGACACACAUGUAACGCGUUACAUGGCCCAAAUACGAAGUGUUCGUCUCAUUUGAAUAUUUCUCAUGUGUUUUAAUAUUUAUGUGAAUGUAUUCGAGUAUUGAUAUAUAUACCUAUAUAGUGUCAUUGUAUUUAUAUUUAGUUACAUGUGAAUGAAUAAUGUGAUGCUGCCAAUAAUUAUAGUGAACAUCAAAUUGUAGCGACGUAUUAUAGGAUUGUUAGGCGAAUCGUGAGUCGAAUGUCUUUGCAGAAAGUCUGAAAAUGAAUACGAGUAAAUAAGACGGCUGGACAGAUUAUCAAGUAUGACGUAGAUAUCAUGCGACAUAGCAUCUUGGCGAUUUGUCGAGCUGAUAGCGAAUGAUCUGGACAAUAAAUGAUUCAUGAGUCACGUAACACCUAAGUUAUAGCAUUAUCACAUAUUCUUUUAAAUGUUAUUUUAUACAUCUAGGGGUAAAUGAACAGCGAG